CCGUGUUUACUGUAUAAAUGUCUCUCAUGGCCCUGAUGGAGCCAGUGUUUACUGAAGAUGGCAUUCAGAGAAACAAACACUUUGCUCUUAGCAUUAAUUUGGAUGACAGUUUUCAGAGUCUCACUUGGGAGUCAUCACUUUACACCGCGGAUCAAAGUGAACAGAGAAAAUGGAGCUUUUCUUACAUUAAGCACAUCAAAUGGACAGGUGAUUGGUAACCUGACGUUGAUCCAGGAUUCCCACAGAGUAAAUAUCUAUGCCGGAGGACCUCAGGGCCUGUUCAUGUUCGAUCCAAGAAUAAAACAUCCAACGCUGAAGGAGGUGAAAUUGCCCAUAUUUGAACCUGAAUGCCUGAACAACCCUACUAAUUGUGAAUAUGAAAUCUCCAUGCUGAAAGAGGGGAGGAAUGGAAAUCCACUGUUCCUGUGUGGGACCACAGAACAUCACACAAUCUGCUGUGAUGUACAUUUAGGACUUCCUACUUCAGAGCACAAGCUGGUGAACUGCUCCAGCUUGAGGCAUCCAACACACAUCAACGAGCCGUCUGUUCAUGUUGAUGAUUCUCUAUAUUACACGAUCUCAGAUCUGGACACAGGUGGCCUCUACAGAGAGACCAGAGAUAAAUACAUCUGGCCGCCGGCAAGACAAAUCGAGCAGAAGCAUGUAAAAAUCUUAGCAAAUAAAGGGAAUGGAUCACUGGAUGGAAAAGUCUACUCCUUCUACAUAGAGCAAAACCAGAACCAGAACUCAGACCUGCCUCACUGGAUACCUCGAGUUUCUCAGAUCUGCAUGGCGGAUCUCGGUGGCAGUAAAGCAAUGCUGCAGUUCCGCUGGACAUCCAUGCUGACCGCACGCCUGUUCUGUGGAGAUGAGAAGAAGCGUCUCUCGUAUACCGAGCUGCUGGACGUUGCUGUGCUGGAAGCUACAGAAUGGGAAAACACCAUGAUUUACGCCCUCUUCAAAAAUACCUACAACUUGAGAGCCGUGUGCGUUUACAAAAUGUCCGACAUCAUUCGCGUCUUCACGAGCAACAAAUUCACAGCUGAGAAGGAGACUUUUUCUUCACCUCUUCCCGGAGAGUGUGUACCAAACAGUCCUUCGUUAUCGUCAAACAUUCUGAAGUUUAUGGAAAGUCUUCCUGAGCUGAAGAAGUGGAUUAAACCUGUACGAGACCCUGUGGUGUUCGAGAGCAACUAUCACUACACACACCUCCAGGUGGACACACUUGUGAACAGGAAGUCAGGACAUAGCCAUCAUGUCCUCUUCAUGAGUCUCGACAAUGGCAACGUACAUAAAAUCCUGGAGCAGGAGAACGAGCCCUUCAUCAUCGCCGAGUACAAGCUCUUUAAAUCCAGGACACACAUCUCCAGCAUGCUGCUCGACAGUGUAACUAAAAAGCUCUUUGUGAGCUCCAGCACUGAGGUGGUCCAGAUUGACCUGUCCAACUGCAGCAUGUACGGGAAAGACUGUAAGUCGUGUGUCAUGGCCCGGGACCCGUAUUGCAGCUGGGACUCGGAGGAGUGUUCAGCUGAUAAUAGAUCCUUAAUACAAGAUGUAACCCAUGGAAGCCACACGACAUGUGAUAAUGGUUUCCCCAGAACCAGCCAGUUCCGCAAAGAAGUCGAAACAGACGUCCAUGAGAGCGUCCCUCAAUACUCUAAAUACUACCUUAAAUGUCCAGUUGAAUCCUAUCAUGCCUCAUAUUCAUGGCACCACCAGGGCAGUAGGAAGGACUGCAUCUCAACGGAACAUGACUGCCUUUUGUUGAUCGACAGCAUGAGCGAAAAGGACGGAGGCGAUUAUCAGUGCAUCGCUUCAGAGAACGGCUACCAGAAGACGGUGGUCCAUCAGAAGCUGCAGAUGAACGGCGCCUCUGAGACCAGAGCGACUCGAGUAGCUUUAGCCUGCCUUCUGUUCCUGAUCUCUGUGAUCUGCUAGUGCUGUUCCUGUGUUUUGGGGACUGAAAUACAUACGAACAAACACAAAACUCAGAAGACCCUAGUCCUGGAUGAGCCAGACCAUGCGCUUUACUAACACUGAGAUUCUUCCUGUAUACACCAGUGUUACCACAUCAUCCACUUCUUCGUUGCACUCGAGGUGUGUGACUCGACUCAUGAAGUCCAGAGAAUGACCAAUACUUCCGAUUGCUUCAUUACAGUGUCCACGAGUUUCCACAAGAACAGAGAAAAAUACAAUUUUACACCAUCACAAACUGUAAAAUCAUGUAUUUAGUUUCAACAGUGUUGCAAGUUAUAAUGAACCAUUAACAGCAUUUGCACUUUGUAGUUUAAUUAGAUUAGUUUUUCUAUUUUUGUAAGACCAUAAGGAAGAAAAAUCAGUUACAAAGCGUAUGAAUGUCUCUCACAUGAACCUCAUCAGGAUUUAUUUAUGAUUUAAUAUUUUGGAUGGACGGACGUUUUCUCAACCCAGCUGUGAUUCUGAGAUGUUUGUGAGUCCAGAGCACAUGUCUAACAUCUGUUGGUGUGAGUUGUGAUGAGGAGGAGUAGAUGAUGAUGAAGAGGUGCAGCAUGGGAAAUAUCUUCAUGGACAGCAGAUUGAGUGUAUGGGAUUAUUAGACAGUGUAAACCGAGCGAGGAGGAACUUUCCUCUUGAGCUAAUUACUCGAGCUAAUUCUUCUUAGCUGCGUAUACUCAAUAAAACAACCUCCUUCCAAGCUUUAUUUUUAUUUCUAAUGUCUUUAUAUAAGUUAUAAGAAUAAGACAAAGAAGAGAGAAAGGUUAUAGAUUUAUUUUCUUUAUUUUUUUGUGAAAUAGUUGAUUAUAACUUGUAUUACAUGUUUUGAUAAUUACUUUUAAGAUCUUUCGAUCUAUUGAAAUCGAGCGUUAGUACGACGCUAUCAAUUUUUAAAUCAUUUUAGUUUAUGUGUGUGAUGGAUUCGGAAAUAAAGAAGCGGGGCUACAGGUGGAGAAGUAAACAAAACAUUCCACGAGUCAUUUUGGAUUACGGUGUAAUUAAGUGAGCAAAUUAUCUUUAUUAUAUAUAUAUAUAUAUAUAUAUAUAUAUAUAUUACACAUGUAUGUAUAAAAAUGGACCACCGCUUAGGAGCGUGAAUGUAGAGAGUCUGAAAUAAAAUUAAUAAGAAAAACAGGAUUAGAAACAGGGAAGUGAUCGAGUUAUUACUCACAGGUUCCUUUCUAAUGACUGGAAGGUGCAGAGUUCAAAUUACAGCUGCUAGACUACCAGCAUCUGAGCUCUGAGCUCGGGUUAAAACCAUAUGAGCAAAUGGGAGCUAAAGUUUGUAUGUAAACUUCCAGUAAAAUAUAGAGUUCAAUUCAAAAUCUUACUAUUCACUUAUAAAGCACUUCAUAAUCUUGCACCACAAUAUCUUACUCAACUUCUCCAAGUUUACACCCCUUCACGUGCACUUAGAUCUUUAUCUUCAAUUUCUCUUGUGGUACCUCGGAUUCGACUUACUACUAUGGGGUGCCAGAUCUAUGUUGCCCCCCCGCCUAUGGAAUUCUCUUCCCCUCGAUGCUCGCAAUAGCGAGUGCUUGUUGACUUUUAAAACGCGUCUUAAGACAUAUCUUUUUAUACAGGCUUUCUUAUAACAUGUUUUAUUGAGACUUAAAUGCACUUUAUAUGUAUAUGCUGUUUGUUUGUUAUGUGUUUUGUCUUAUGCAGUGACCUGUAUAUUGCUUGUAAGGUGACCUUGGGUGUUCUGAAAGGUACCAUGAAAUAAAAUGCAUAAAUAAAUAAAUAAAGUAA